AUGAAGAGGAAGAUGUCAAUGAAUACACACGCACAAUUCGUCGUUCCGCCUCCGGCCUUCCUCCACGGCCUUCCGACGCCAAAGCCGACUCUCUUGUUUGCCAUUGCGAGCGACGAUGUUAAUGAAGUGCGACAGGUGCUUGAGAGCGGCGAAGCUGGACCAAACGACCAAGUUGGUCCUCAGUCCGCCCUGGCCUUUACUUUGACCAAUGACAAGUUGUCGCACAAGAAUGAGAUUGUCAAGGCCCUAUUAGCCUAUGGCGCAGAUCCAUCGGCGCUGCGUAAUCCAGAAUUAAAUCCAUCUGCACAAGUGUCAUCGGAGGGAAGUGAGGGUGUUUCAGGCUCACAUUCACAGCCUGGAGAGACGAUGCCAGAAGGAAUGGAUCCCGCUACGAGAUACUAUGUUACUAGAGCCGAUUCGAUACACACUCGGCAAACAUCUCAGCUUAUAUAUCGCUCAUUCUUCCGGCCCCUCACAAGAGUUCGAUAUGAUCUCAUUGGUCAAGAUUGGGCAUUAGAACAACUCUUCAGGGUGUUGAGUAUGCACUCUCAACGGUUGUCGGUGGCUCCCAUCGUGGUUCUGCUUUGCGGUCCAAGCGGUCAUGGGAAGAGCUUGCUGGCCCGUAAAUUUGGAAGUCUCUUGGAUAUUCCCACCCAUACUGUUAACAUGACCACAUUGCGCUCGACGCACGAUCUAUGGCAAUCGUACUCUAUGAGUCCGUAUGAGGAGCCUUCCUCGGAUACGUUGGCCCAAUUUCUGCUUAACAACGAAGGCGAGCGAUGCGUAGUAGUGCUCGACGAGAUUGAAAAGGUAGAAGAUCCUAAAGCGUUGUACUCUCUUCUCAUGCCUUGGGAGCUAGGCCGCUGCUCCCUUGAAACGGGAAAGCGACAUGUUGAUCUUACGAAAGUAAUCUGGCUUGGAACAUCCAAUAUAGGCCAUAACUUUGUAUUUGAGCACCAUGAUUCCCGACCAGAUCCAAGCAAACCCGUUACUCGAGAAGAGUACCGAGGUCUCAUGGAUCUUUUAAGACCUCAUGUCUCGCAAUGCCUCGGAGCUUCGCUUCUGUCCCGCGUUACCACUGUGUUGCCUUUUAUUCCCAACGCUGCGAAGACCCUGUCCCCUCAAGAUGUGGAGGCAAUUGUGAUGAAAGUGCUGCCAAGUUAUGUUCCAUCGGAGGGAGCUCGUUCAUUACACAGAGCCGUGUCGAAUCAAUUGGUGGAUUUGAUCUAG